AUGGGUUUAGAUGCAUUGGGGUUUGAAGGAUGGUUGGGAAGUGGAAAUAUUUUUGCCAUGGUGAUUGCAGUUAUGGACGAUUGUUAUCGUAAUCUGGAGGAAAGGCAGGUGUGUCAAAUACCCACUCCGUUCUGUCUCAUAGCUUUACUAAUGAAAGAAGUCAUUGGAUAUGAUCCAUCCUAUAGAGAUAAAGCUCAUCCUCUGAUGAAGGCUCAUCCACAAAAAAGCAUGUGGUCAUUAAUUGCUGGAAGAAUACCAGGAAGAACAGCCGAGGAGAUUGAGAAGUAUUGGACUUCAAAGUCUAGAUCAUCGAAUGAAAGAUGA